UCGUCUCCUGGGCAGAAAAAAGAUGAAGAUGGCUCUAGCUCCUCUCCUCCUCCUCCUCCUCUGGACAGAGAGCACAUUGAGCUACAAUCAGAAGAGGAUCCUUGGAGGAUAUGACUGUGCUGCCACCGAAAGGCUGUACCACGUCCAUCUGUACAAGCACCACAACACAUUUACUUCUGAGUAUGUAUGUGGUGGUUCCCUCAUCCAUGCACAGUGGGUGCUGACGGCUGCCAAGUGUUAUUUUCCAAAGGACAAGAAGGGCUGGGAGGUCCAUGUGCAUGUAGGUGUUCACGGAGGACAGCAGGUUACUGAAAUUCCCAUAUCAGAAAUUCAGUGGUUCCACGAUGAUGAAAACAUCCGCGAUGGUGAAAUAAUCCUUCUGAAACUUCAGAGCGCUGUGCCUGAUGGCAUCACGCCUGUUUCACUCCCGGAGUGUGACGAUAAGGGUCAGCCGACUGUCGCUCUCAAAUCCAUCCAGCUGGCCGGACACAUUCUUUCAACAAAACGCUUAGUAGGAUGGCAAAAAGACGUUGAGUCUAAGAACUUGCUGUGUGUGGACAUGAAUGUGGUCCCCUGUCCGGAGCCAUCAAUGUUUUGUCCAUUCAAAAUCGGUUCUCUAAAGAAUAACCUUUGUUAUAAAGGAAAAGGAAAGGAUGCCGGCAAGGGAGACUCAGGAGGAGGUGUGGUGGACAAGGCCAGUAAUACCAUCUAUGGGGUCCAUUUAGAAGAUGAUAGCACAGCCUGUGGCACACCACCCCGUUCCUUUAAUGUCUGUACUCAAAUCAAGCAGAUCAAGAAGAAUAUUGGCCUUGAAAAAAAAAAAUGAAAAAAUGUUGAAUAGAUUCACAUCUGAUCUUGCUUCUUAACCAGAAUUAAAGAGAUCUCUGAU